AUGGGGAAACAUCUGGGCAGAUGCUGGUUGGCCAUCGUCUGUGUCCUGCUGUUCAGCCAGCUGUCCGCGGUCCAGGCGAGAGGCAUAAAGCACAGAAUCAAGUGGAAUAGGAAGGCCUUGCCCAGUACCUCCCAGGUCACGGAGGCGCACAAGGCAGAGAUCCGCCCCGGGGCGUUCAUCAGGCAAGGCCGAAAGCUGGAUAUUGACCUGGGAGCCGAGGGCAACAGGUACUACGAGGCCAACUACUGGCAGUUCCCCGACGGGGUCCACUACAACGGCUGCUCGGAGGCCAACGUGACCAAGGAGAAGUUUGUGAGCGGCUGCAUCAACGCCACGCUGUUGGCCAACCCGGAGGAGCUGUCCCGUGAGAAACAGGACAACAAGCUGUACCAGCGGGUCCUGUGGCGGCUGAUCAGGGAGCUCUGCUCAGUCAAGCACUGCGAUUUUUGGUUGGAGAGGGGCGCGGGACUUCGGGUCGGCGUCGACCUGCCCAUGCUGCUCUGCCUGCUGGUUUUCAUUUGGUUGAUCAUGAAAUAA